GGUCGGAGGCUGGUCACAAAAAUUGGUCGAGUCGCCCGCGUGCGUUGGCGUGCAAGAGGGAGGAUACUUGGGGCGCGCGACAGCGCCCGUACACAUUUUUGAAAGAACGACCGCGGCGCUGCGCGCGUUGCUGCAAAAACUCAGCGACGCGUGCUCAGCUGGGACCACCCAAUUGGAUAUCGGCCUAGCCGCGGCGCGCGCACGCGCGCAAGAGGAGUUUAGACUCCACGCGGACGCCGCGCGGCGCCGCGCGCCACCGCCCGCAGCUCUCGCGCCCACGCAAACAAUUGACCCGACCGCCCCGCAGGCCGUAGACAAAAGGAGGAUGACGGGCGUCGACGUCUUCAUCUUCGCCGCCGUCGGCGUCGGCAUUUGCUUCGCCGCGUAUAAUUUCGCCGUCAUCCAAAGAACGAAGGUCAACCCGGGCAGAACCUAUCAGCCGGCGAAUUCGCCCUUAAUCGCCGUCCAGGCCGAGCUCGCCAAGGUCGAGCAGAUCCACGCGACGAUUGAUACGGGCGCGAAAGCAUUCCUAAGAGCGGAGUACACGAUCUGCGUGCAGUUCUUAUUGGCGUUCUCCGUACUCUUACUCAUCCUGACGACCGUCGGAAGCUCAUUUGCUGAAGGCCUCUUCACGACGGUGGCCUUCCUGGUGGGUGGGUUCACCUCGAUCGCGUCGGGGUUAUGUGGCAUGCUCGUUGCGGUCGACGCGAAUGCGCGCACGACGGUCGCGGCCGCGUCGGAGCCCCCGUCGCGAUUGACGGCGGCGUUCAACGUCGCCUUCCGAGCGGGCGCGGUCAUGGGCUUCGCUCUAUGUGCGCUGGGUUUGGGCGUUUUACUAGCAUUAUUGUUAGCCUACCGCGUGCACUUCAGCGACGUGAGCGAGUGGGCGACGAUGAUGGACUGCGUCGCGGGCUUCGGGCUGGGCGGGUCCUCCGUGGCCAUGUUCGGGCGCGUCGGCGGCGGCAUCUACACGAAGGCCGCGGACGUCGGCGCCGAUCUGGUCGGGAAGGUCGUGCACGGCCUCGAAGAGGACGACCCGAAGAACCCGGCGACCAUCGCCGAUAACGUGGGCGAUAAUGUCGGAGACGUCGCGGGCAUGGGCUCGGACCUCUUUGGUUCCCUCGCGGAGUCGACGUGUGCCGCCCUCGUCAUCGCCUCGACGUCUUCUGAUUUGUUAGAUGCGGGCUGGGCCGCUCUAUUGUUCCCCCUCACGAUCUCCGCGGCGGGCAUUCUCGUGUGCAUGGCCUGCUCCUUCAUCGCGACGGAUCUGAAGCCCGCUGUGCGGGAGGCGGACGUCGAAUCCGCUCUGAAACUGCAGCUCAUCUCCACGACCUUCCUCGUCGUGCCGGUGGUGGUCUACUUAGCGCAUGCCUUAUUGCCGGACAAGUUCGAGCUGCCUUCCGUGGUGAGCGGUACGAUCAAGGCGUCCUCGACGGGCGCCGCUAUUUGUGUGUCCGUGGGCGCCCUCGGUGGUCUGCUCAUCGGCCUCGUGACGGAGUACUACACUUCGCACUCCUACGAACCGGUCCGGGAGUGCGCGCACGUCUGCAAGCAGGGCGCGGCCGUGAAUCUGAUCUACGGUCUGGCCCUUGGCUACCGCUCGGCCAUCGUGCCCGUGUACACGCUGGCGGCCAUCGUCUACUUCGCCUUCUCGCUGGCUGAUCUCUAUGGCGUCGCUUUAGCCGCCUUAGGCAUGCUCUCGACGCUCGCGACGGGCCUGACGAUUGAUGGAUAUGGCCCCGUGACCGACAACGCGGGCGGCAUCGCGGAGAUGGCCCAGCUGCCGGCGGCCUGCCGCGAGAAGACGGACUGCCUCGACGCGUGCGGUUGCGGCGUCCCCCUUUCUUCGCCUGCUCGACGGCGUGGCCUCGACGCCGUCGCCGCGACGCCUCGUCACCAACGCCGAGGCAUGACAUACCUACCCACGCAGGGCCGGCAACACGACCGCCGCGAUCGGCAAGGGCUUCGCCAUCGGCUCGGCUGCCUUAGUUUCGUUAGCUCUCUACGGCGCCUUCGUCGUCCGCCUGGGCAUCACGACGGGUGUGAAUGUGCUCACGCCCCUGACGUUUGCUGCCUUACUCGUCGGCGCCAAUUUACCCUACUGGUUCAGCGCCAUGACCAUGAAGUCGGUUGGUUUAGCGGCCGCGGAGAUGGUCCAGGAGGUCGAGCGCCAGUUCAAGGCCGACCCCUCGCUGCUCGAUCCCAACUCCACGAGCACCCCGGACUACGACGCCUGCGUCGAGAUCUCGACGAAAGCCUCGCUGAGAGAGAUGAUCGCGCCCGCCGCGUUGGUCAUGCUCACGCCGCUCGUCGCGGGCACGUUCUUCGGCGUCGAGGCCGUGUUUGGCAUCCUGACCGGCGGCCUCGUCUCGGGCGUCCAGCUCGCCAUCUCCAUGUCCAAUAGUGGAGGCGCCUGGGACAACGCGAAGAAGUACAUCUCCGGCGGCUUCGACCCCGACCCGGCGCUGCGCAAGAAGGACGGCAACGGCAACUCGACGCCCGCGCACGACGCGGCCGUCACGGGCGACACGGUCGGCGACCCCUUCAAGGACACGUCGGGGCCGGCGCUCAACAUCCUCAUGAAGCUCAUGGCCAUCCUGUCCCUUGUCUUCGCGCAGUACUUCGAGAGCAUCAAUGGUGGCAAGGGCCUCUUCAAGCUCUAGGUGGGGCUUGGCACGAAUUGAUUCGGCGCGCGUCUUCCCCGCCGUUCUUAAGCACGUAGUCACUUA